CAUGACGUCGUGUUACAUUUAGUGGCCACACUCACAGAAUGUCCUGUUCUAAAUGGCUCCCUGCAGGGGCCGAGAGCUCCUGCCCUCCUUGAAAGCACGGCUGGGGGCUUAACCAUGCAGAGCUCUGGUUCUGAGUUAAGGCUGUAAGAAUGCAUGCGUGCAAAGGCAGGCACCGCACGAACAGCCACACUUCUAGAAUGUUCUAGCUAGUGCGCAGGGCAGAGGUAAAGGGAGCAGGAAUGAACGGGCGAAGGACCCGGGGUCACGAGACCGUUGGGUGGGCGGAGCCAGCGGCCGGGGAGGUUCUAGUCUGUUCUGCCUCGCGGCAGCCGCCCCCUUUACGCCACGCUGAGCCAGCGCCCGGGCCUGGAAUCGGGCCACAGCCACCGCCGAGCCCGCCGCCUCCCGCCGCGCCCGGACCAUGGACCCCCGCAAAGUGAGCGAACUUCGAGCCUUCGUGAAAAUGUGUAAGCAGGACCCGAGCGUUCUGCACACCGAGGAAAUGCGCUUCCUGAGGGAGUGGGUGGAGAGCAUGGGGGGUAAAAUACCACCUGCUACUCAUAAAACUAAAUCAGAAGAAAAUACCAAGGAAGAAAAAACAGAUAGUAAGAAGGUGGAGGAAAACAUAAAGACAGAUGAACCGUCAAGUGAGGAAAGUGAUCUGGAAAUUGACAAUGAAGGUGUGAUUGAACCAGACACUGAUGCUCCUCAGGAAAUGGGAGAUGAAAAUGUAGAGAUAACCGAGGAGAUGAUGGAUCAGGCCAAUGAUAAAAAAGUGGCUGCCAUCGAUGCCCUAAAUAAUGGUGAACUGCAGAAAGCCAUUGACUUGUUCACAGAUGCCAUCAAGCUAAAUCCUCGUUUGGCCAUUCUGUAUGCCAAGAGAGCCAGUGUCUUCAUCAAAUUACAGAAGCCAAAUGCUGCCAUCCGAGACUGUGACAGAGCUAUUGAAAUAAAUCCUGAUUCAGCUCAGCCAUACAAGUGGCGAGGGAAAGCACACAGACUUUUGGGCCAUUGGGAAGAAGCAGCCCAUGAUCUUGCCCUUGCCUGUAAGCUGGAUUAUGAUGAAGAUGCUAGUGCAAUGCUGAAAGAAGUUCAGCCAAGGGCCCAAAAAAUUGCUGAACAUCGGCGCAAGUAUGAGCGAAAACGUGAAGAGCGAGAGAUAAAAGAAAGAAUAGAAAGGGUUAAGAAGGCUCGGGAAGAACAUGAGAGAGCCCAGAGGGAGGAAGAAGCCAGACGGCAAUCAGGAGCUCAGUAUGGCUCUUUUCCAGGUGGUUUUCCUGGGGGAAUGCCUGGUAAUUUUCCUGGAGGAAUGCCUGGAAUGGGAGGGAGCAUGCCUGGAAUGGCAGGAAUGCCUGGGCUCAAUGAAAUUCUUAGUGAUCCCGAGGUUCUUGCAGCCAUGCAGGAUCCAGAAGUUAUGGUGGCCUUCCAGGAUGUGGCGCAGAACCCAGCAAAUAUGUCGAAAUAUCAGAGCAACCCAAAGGUUAUGAAUCUCAUCAGUAAAUUGUCAGCCAAAUUUGGAGGUCAAGCAUAAUGCCCUUCUGAUAAAUAAAGCCCUUGCUUAAGGAAAAGCAACUUGGAUCACCUAACGGAUGUCGCAAUAAUACAAACCAGUGUACCUCUGACCUUCUCAUGAAGAAAGCUGGGGUGCUUUGAAGAUAAUCCCUACCCCUUUGCCCCAAGUGCAGCUGAAACAUUUUACAGUGGUUUGCCAUUAGGUAGUCAUUCAUUCAGAUAAUGUUUUCCUACUAGAAAUUAAAAACUUUAAACACUUUUUAAACCUUAAAAAUAUUUAAGACAAAUUAAAAGGUUGUGUUAAUCCCUACUUUUUUCUUUACUAAUCAUUUUAGUUUUUUCCUUUGAAUUAAUUAGGCAAGGAAAAUACUUCAGUAUGGAAGAUUUAUUGUUCACAUUUGAGUGAAAUAAAGAUUUAUUAAUGAGCAAAUACAGCAUUUAAAUAGAUAAAAUUUAAGUUGGAUAUUUGGCUACUGAGGCAUUUUGAUUUGUCUUUUUAAUUGCUUUGUUACUGUUAUUUUUAAUGAUUUGCUUCCGUAAAAGUAUUGGGACCACUGGUAUUGCAGUAGGACCUGGGUAGGGACUGGAAGUACUUGGCAGGGCAGCAGCAAUCUUACUACAGUUUCUAUAAUACAUACCCUUGUGCAGAUGCGUUUAAAUCUUACACUGUGGUGAAGGGAUGGUUUUUAUAAUGCUGCAGUAGAAUUGGGUUACAUAGCUCUGUUCUUGUCUGAUAUCUAAAAUAAAUGUUUCAUUUUAUUUCCACA